AUGCUUCAAGGAAAGAUCAUUGGGCCCCUGUCACCACCGAGCUCUCCUCGCAUGUCUGGUCAAGACUACAAGCCAGCACUCCCUGGUUGGCAAACGCAUCAAGAUCACCAUCCGUCCUUCGGGCAUGGGUAUGCAACGGGUCAAUACCAGGCACCUCAAGAGCCUGUGGCGAACAGUCAUGUAUUGAGUGCACCUCAAGGUCCUUCAUUGAGGUCGUACAAGACUUCACCAUACCCCCUCAACGCUCAAUAUUCUGCUGGUGGUACUGCCCCAAGCUCAUACACACAGCACGCAUCAUCGGAGGGAAAGACUCAAUCCAGUGCCGGACUUGGAUCACAAACUCUGGGCGAGUCAUUACCUGGCAGUCCGUCAUCGCACUUGAGCCCUCACUCACAAGGACUGGACCCUGAUGAUGAGAUUGCGGAUGAUGAUGACCAAGACGCGAGCGGAGAUGCCGACGAUGGCGAGAAUAAGCCUCCAAUGACAGCGGCAGAGCUGAGAAACCAAAAGCGCAAGAUGAAGCGGUUCAGGCUCACUCACAACCAAACGAGAUUCCUGAUGAGUGAAUUCAGUCGUCAAGCUCAUCCCGAUGCUGCGCAUCGCGAGAGGCUCUCAAGAGAGAUUCCUGGCUUGAGCCCAAGGCAGGUGCAGGUCUGGUUCCAAAACAGACGUGCGAAGCUGAAGCGUUUGACAGCUGAGGAUCGCGAGAGGAUGAUGAAAUCAAGAGCCCUGCCGGACAACUUCGACAUGACUCCCAGUCUUCAUAGCAACUAUGGCGCAGCUCCUGGAGGUAUCACACCUGGCGCAUCACCUGCUAGCUACGGUACAGCCCUUCACCAACCUGGCCACAUUCGCCCCUUGACCCUCGACACACUUCGCCGGGGAGAUUUGGGACCCAACUACAUCAGCCCUACUGGAGUCCCUCCCGGCAUGACUUCCAUGGCAUAUACUCCACCACAUUCGGCAACAGACACGAUGUCUCCCGUUUCGAGACCACCUGAAGGCGCGGCUUACGGAUAUACCCCUCGACCGAACCUGGACAGUCCUCAGAGGGCCAUGUUCCCUGGACCUCCUCCGUCAUACACCAGCCAAUACUCUCAGCCGCCUCGUCUCCCCGUACACGACCGUUUCAGACGCGCAAGCGGAGAGACUGCCACCUCAUCUCCAUUGAGAUCCAGCAUGUCUUAUGGCAGUUUGAGUGGCGAAAGCUCGCAACACCCCUCCGAGGCGAGAACACCCGGUUUGCAAUCUUCUGAAGGCCAGGGAUACAUUUCGCAACAAGAUGCGCAGCGAAACAUGCCUCCGCCAAGCGGACCAUAUGGCUUGGGUCUUCCACCUUACGGCUUUCCAAGCUACCAAUCAACUGUGCGCCCAGCCCAGGCACCAACCAGCGGCGCUCCAAGCAUCGACAUGAUCAACGCAUACCACAGAGACAGCCAACAAGUGCUCAGCCAACACCCAUCUUCGUUCCCUGAAUAUCAGCAAUACCACAACCCAACUCCUUACUCUACUCCUCAAAUGCCCCACUACGCCAACUUUGGUAAUCAAUUCGCUCCUCCGCCUUCCGCCUCAUACUCGGGUCCUUAUAUGCAACGUCCCGAGCAACAAUCGCAGUCUCAACCCAGCCAAGCGCAGCAAUCUGCUGCUCCUGUGGCACCUGGCGCAGCUCAGCGACCUACAUACGCAGGACAACGCAGCAAUGAGUCUGAAGCCGACCACAGCGAUGGUGGCGUGCCCAUCACAUCAUCUUAUUAG